UUGGAGUCACCACUGAUGUACGAGGUGUCUGUGCCGCAGGAGGGCAGUGCCAGCCACAGUUUGAGAGGCGGCCUGGGGACCUCCAUCACAGCCUGCAAGAAGGUUCUUUGCAGCAACAGCCUGCUCGAGUCUACAGACUACUGGCUACAGAAUCAAAGGACGCCUUGCCAGAUUGGUUUUGUGGAAGACAAGUCUGAAAACUGUGCUACCUGCCCUUGGCUGCCAGAUAUCUGCUUGGUCCAGUGUGCGAGAGGGAACAGGGCAAACAGUACCAACUGCAUCAUCUUUGAAAUCAACAAAUUUUUGAUCGGUCUCGAACUGGUGCAGGAGCGGCAGCUCCACCUGGAAACAAACAUCUUAAAAGUGGAGGAUGACACCAACUGCUCUCUGUCUUCAAUCGAGGAGGACUUUCUCACCGCCUCUGAGCACUUGGAGGAGGAAAGCGAGGUGGAAGACUAUAGGAGCGGUGAUGAAAAUAUAAAUAUCUCGGCUAAUGUUUUGGAAAGUAAAAAACCAAAGGAAGCCACUCAGGAGGAAUGGAAUUGCAACAAGGAAAAGUUGCUUUAUGCUUUGGAAGACAAACGUAUUGGCAAAUAUCAUCCGACGAUGAAAGCAGAAGGAUCUCUGGAAAAAGUAGCAGCAGACACCACUUUGCAGAGCCUCGGUGCAUCGGCCGAGCCAUCAGAAUGGAAAGAUGAAGCUGUGCAGAAGGAGAGGCCAACCACAAAUUAUUACUAUUCAGGAAAUGUUAAAGGUCACAUGGAAAAAUCCCAGGCACCGUAUAUUCCAGGGGACACUUACUUCUCCAGGAUGGUUAAGAACGGUGGGCCUCCCGUCUAUGGUGCCCUCGCUGAGCAUGACAAUAGCUUAGACCCAGGGGACCGUGAAGAUGGUAUAAACUCCCUUCCUCCCAAACAAGAUGGAGAAGCCACAACUGGCGAGUAUGCCACAAAUUUAGCAGAAUCCGUGCUGCAAGACGCAUUUAUUCGGUUGUCCCAUUCUCAGCCUACACUGCCCCAGGAAUCGGCAGUCAGUGUUUCUGUCGGAAAUGCUCUGCUACCCAGUGGCUCUUCCACCAAAGGUAUGGUGGGCCCUUGGUCAUGGGAUGAGCUCCCCAAAAUCGUCAUUGUUCAGAGUCCAGAUAGCAGUGAUGCCGCGCCUGAGGCGGGCAUCGCCUCAUGGUCUGAGGUGGAGGUCUCCGUUGAAACCUCAGGUGUCCUCUCUGGAGAGAAGUCCCGCAGACACCCUCAGAGUGCUCUAGAAGUCGCAUUGGCUUGUGCGGCCACUGUGAUUGGAACCAUUUCCAGUCCUCAGGCCACAGAGAGCCUCAAAAUGGAGCAAGAAUCUUUGGUUUCACCGCAUCCAGUGGGAGGCAGUGAACCGCUGCAGAUUCAAAUAUCCCAAGUACUCAAGGAGCCAUCCAUCAGUGAAUACUCCUUUCCAUCCGCUCUUUGUGGCAUGACUCAGGUGGCAAGUGCCAUUGCUGUGUGUGGCCUGGGUGAAACAGGAGAAGUGAAGGCUCCCAGAGGCCUCUCGUGUGCAACUGAGGCCUGUGCAGCAGCCCCCUCACCUUGCAGACUGGCGACAGUGGGGAACAUAGAGCUGGGAAAUGAGGCCAUUGCUUGGGCAUUGCUCAAGGAAGCUGCUCUGGUUUUAACAAGGCCCAGUCCCUGCAGCAGCAUUGGAGACCUCAUGGAAUCAAUGAGCAAGAGAAUCAUAGAAACUGCUUCAAAGCCUCAGAUCUUGUGCUCAGAAAAUGUCCUCAGGAAUGACCUGGCACAGACCCUGUCCAAUGUUAUCCUGAAGCAAUGCAUUGAUGAAGCUCACCAGAAAAAAAAAAUAAUUGAUCCCAACGAUAGCAGGCAUUCACCUGAAACUCUUGACACCUUGAUGGAAAGUGCAAAUCAACUGCUCUUCAGUGUGAUAUGCUUCACGUUCAAGAAGAUGAGUCAUUUGGUACAGGUUGGGGAAGACCCCACCACCCUCGCUAAUGAGACCAUCAGCUGGACGGAAACGGAAUUCAGCUGCCGGCCACCUGACCAGGCUUCUGGUCUAACAUGGACCAAAGCCAUUGAAUAUUCCAGCAGCUAUCCACUUAGCAAUCCGUGUAGCACUAGUCUUGCAGAUGAUGUUUAUCUGAAGCAAGAUAGCAAGGGCCCAGCGAAGUCAGGACUCUUCAAGAAGCCCAUGCUGCAAUCUGAAUUGCCCUGUAGUCCCAGAGUGCCUGAUUCUUCAACUCCUAAAACACCCCCCAGAGAAAUAUAUCAAAAAGGAACUGCAGGAGAAGAUCCAAACAACUCUCAUCAGAUGCUCAGGCACAAUGAGGAUGAGUACAGAGCCCCUUCAGAGGGAGAAUGGGCACUGACAGUGGGCAAGGGCAGCAGAGGUUCCCAGGAUGCAGAGGACGGCACCAGUGCAAACACCCAGGAGAAGUAUAAUCGUGCCUCCCCUCUAAACAACGAAGUUCAAGUGAACCUGUCUUUGUUAGGGAAUGACUUGCUGCUUCCUGCUCAAUCUGGGCUACAGGCAAAACAUGCAGAUAUAUACUGCAUUACAGACUUUGCGGAAGAAUUAGCAGAGAUGAUUGUCUCCAUGGCAACUGAAAUCGCAGCAAUUUGCCUUGACAACUCAAAUGGAAAACAACCCUGGUUUUGUGCAUGGAAGAGAGGUAAUGAGUUUCUGGUUACCCCGAACGUAUCCUGCCGGUCCUUGAAGAGGAAGAAGGAAAACCAGACCAGUGGGGCCACAGUGAGGAAGCACAAGCCACCAAGGCUCAGUGAAAUCAAGAGGAAAACAGAUGAGCACCCAGAGCUUAAAGAGAAGCUGAUGAACAGGGUUGUGGAUGAGUCGAUGAAUCUUGAGGAUGUCCCAGAUUCUGUCAAUAUUUUUGCAAAUGAAGUGGCAGCCAAGAUCAUGAACCUGACAGAGUUCUCAAUGGUGGACGGCGUCUGGCAAGCCCAGAGCCAUCCCCGAAACCGCUUACUCAGUGGAGACAGGUGGAACCGACUGAAGGCUUCCAGCUGUGAAAGCAUCCCAGAAGAGGACUCUAAUGCCCAGGCUCAUGUUAAUAGCCUAGGUUUAAUGAGUACCUUAAGUCAGCCAGUUAGCAGGGAAAGCUCUGUCUCCAAGCAGUCCAGCUGUGAAAGCAUCACUGAGGAGUUUUCCAGGUUCAUGGUGAACCAGAUGGAAAAUGAAGGAAGAGGGUUUGAGUUACUGCUGGAUUACUAUGCGGGCAAGAAUGCCUGCAGCAUCCUGAACUCAGCCAUGCAACAGGCAUGCUGCAAAAAUGACCACCUCAUUGUGAGGUCAAGCUGUCCCUCUAAGCAGUCCAGCACCGAGAGCAUAACCGAGGAGUUUUAUAGGUACAUGCUGAGGGACAUUGAAAGAGAAAGCAGAGACAGCACCUCCUCCAGACGAAGCAGCCAGGAUUGGACAGUUGGCUUACUGUCACCUUCUCUGCGAUCCCCAUUGUGUUACAGGCAGUCGUCCAUGCCAGAUAGCAGAUCUCUGGGUGCCAGGCUGACGGUGAAUGCACCCACUAAAGCCAACUCUUUAGAUGGCUUUGCUCAAAACAGCCAGCAAGAUUUCCUAAGUGUACAUCCAGUCAGUAGCACUUCCUCCUCGGGUCUCUGCAAAUCUGACUCUUGCUUGUAUCGGAGAGGUGGAACGGACCAGAUCACCAACAUGUUAAUUCAUGAGACGUGGGCAAACUCAAUCAAGGCCCUCAUGCGGAAGAAUAAAAUUAUAGUGGAUGAUGCCGAGGCAGCUGAGGCUGAGCCUGUUUCUGGUGGCUCUCCCAUGCAAGUGGAGAAAUGUGCAAACAGAUCAGCUUCGAGCAGAGUGCAAAGUGGGCCAACUCUUCUUGUUCAGGAGUCCGUUGGUAACCCAAGGAAAGACUCCAUUACCGAAAGCAAACAUCCCCUAGUGUUGUCUCAGAGCAAAGCUGCUCCUCUUACAAACCACAGCAGUUUAGAUUCUUUUAAAAAGGAAACUUCUUCAUGCCAUGGGGCUGUGCCUGUCAACCACGCCAGGCGGUCACUUUGCUCAAGGGAAGUGCCUUUAAUUCAGAUCGAAACAGAUCAGAGAGAAGAGUGUGUUGGAGAAUCUGAACACUCCCCCUCCAAAAGCAGCCCCCUACAGGAAGCAGAGGAGCAUUUGAAAGAUGAAAAUGUCCCAGAUGUGUUGAGGGGUGGAGACACUGCCGUGAGUGCCUGCCAAAACCCUAGUGACAGUCUUGAUGCCAGAGAUGUAGCAGGGGCUGAAGUCACGGCAGAAGGCAGAGCCCCCGAUGAGUUCCCCAACCUUUCUGGCAGCAGCGGGGAGAGCACGGACAGCUGGUCCCAGCUUGCCAAUGAGGAGGACAAUCCGGAUGACACGAGUAGCUUUCUGCAGCUCAGUGAGCGAUCCCUGAGUGAAUUAGUAGAAGAAAAGGAGAUUCUUAAAGGACAGUCAGAAAAUGUAGAGGGUGUCUCUGGAGUGGCAAUGGGAGCAGCCAGCCCCCAGGGAAGCAUGCUAGUGAUCAACUUUGAUCUGGAGCCAGAGUGUCCUGACGCUGAACUUCGAGCCACUCUGCAGUGGAUAGCUGCCUCGGAACUUGGGAUCCCCACCAUCUACUUUAAGAAAUCUCAAGAAAACAGAAUCGAAAAGUUUUUAGAUGUCAUGCGGCUGGUUCAGCAGAAGUCCUGGAAAGUGGGAGAUAUCUUUCAUGCAGUUGUUCAGUACUGCAAAAUGCAUGAGGAACAGAAGGAUGGGACCCCAAGUCUCUUUGACUGGCUCUUGGAACUGGGAUAAGACAGCUUUGCCUUUAGAGUAUUCCUUUCCUUUAUCCCAGCUUAGAUUACAGUGGUUUGCUCUAAAUGCUCUAAACUUUCUCAAAACAUCCCAUCACAUUAGCAGAGCUAUAAAAAAUCUGCUAUCCAACUCUACUGCACAUGGAAUAAGUCUGAGGAAAAGCAAUAGGUCUGUACAAAUCAAUACAACCUAUGAGCAAGUUCAAAAGAGCUUGUAUUAGAAUGGCUGGAAAAACAAAAAUUUAGUGGGCCCUAAACUAAAAGCUUAAAACUAGGCCCAAAAAUCCAGGAAAGGUGUUCUUAAAUAUUUUUAAUUAUAUAAACUUAUGUGUAAUGUCUCCAAUUAUGUGAAUCAACUAGAAGCAAAGUAAUCAAAAUAAUUUUGUAAACUAUGAUAUAACCUUUAUUUUACUCUUUCAAGCUGAUUCAGGGGCUGUCAGCCCGGGUCAACACUUAAGAUAUGGAUGAGAAAUUUCCAGAAUUUUGAUACAAAGGAUUUUCACUAUCAGACCAAUAUCAGUGGAUAUUAACAGAAGUGCACGAGUAUUACUGAUGUCCUCUACUGAGGUGAUUUCAUUUAUUUACUUCAACUCAUUGAUAAUACUCUGCACCUCCCCAACAAUAUCUGUGUUCCCACCUAACCAGAAUACUAUUGGUUUUUAGUUGAGAGAGAGAAAGACUGAAGGUUGUCUCAUGUCCAUCUCUGUAUUACUUGGGUAACAUGCUCACAGAAUUCUUACCAUAAGAAAAAGCUUUCUUACAAAAAAAAAAAGUCUUUUGAGAUAAAAUCUGCUUGUGUAUUAAAUUAUAUGAUAUAAACUUUCAUUUUAUUUUUCUUGUAAAUUAUGAAGAGAUUAUUAUCUUAAGUAAUAUAUUGAGUUAUCUUAGAGGUUCAUAAAACAUGAGGGGAUUGUUGUCUUAAGUGUCAUAUCUUGACACGUGAGCUCAGUGCUUUUAUUAUAAAUGUGUUGGUUCUGGUAUGGCAGACCUGUUACCUGGGUGACAUUUAUAAUGACGGACGCAGGAUUUGACAUAACCUGCUAGGAUCAUACACUCUUUCUGAUUCAAAGAUAUUGGCAUUUAAUUUGGGAAGAAGAAAACCUUAUCACAUUUAAUUUAUUUUAAUAACAGAGAUUGACUGUUCUGAAAAAUAAAAAGUAUCUAACGUCUCCUCUCCCUUCAACUAAAUGAGGUACACUGGCUUUUAUUUUCUUGACCAAAGAAGGUGUUUAUUGAAGAUUUCCUGAAAUACCAUGCUUUUAUUCUAUUUUUAAAAAUUGUGAAGUAAUUUUAAGUGUGAACAAGGCCCCAUGCCAUCAAUGAGGGCCUUAUGCAUCAUCGCCAUCUUGAAAUGUCAAGAAAUCUUCCUUGUAAGACUUACUUCCCUCUUCAACACACACGGAGGAAUCCUCCCCAGUACUCAUUAGACAUUUAUUAUAUUAAUAGUCCAAAUUUAGGGUAUGUGUUUAAUUUGUCACAUUAACAAGAUGUCAAAUUUUAAAAUGUAUCUAUUAUCUCAAGCCAAAAGUUCUUUGUGCUACUAAAUGGAAAAGGAUAUAUUUAUUUUUUAAACAAUCCCAGAAUAUUGUGUGUGGACAUUUGUUGUGCUCAAAUGAAUGUUUACUUAUCCUACAAAGCACAAAUACUGGAUUGUAACCAUGUGAUAAAGUUAUAUGUUGUACCUAAUGUUACAAACUAAUCAAUAAAUCUUUGUUGCCGAA